CCCACCACAUCUAUACAUUCCACAAUGUCUACGCAGAAAGCAGCAGUCCACGUCUCUCAGGGCGUCUCUGAACUUCGCGAUGACGUCCCUCUUCCCAAGCUCCCAGCCGACAACUGGCUUCUCGUCCAGACCAAGGCCGUUGCGUUGAACCCGACUGACUGGAAGAACAUUGAGAGAGCGCCUGCACCCGGCGCCAUUGUAGGAUGCGACUAUGCAGGUACCGUGGAAGAGGUCGGCAAGGCCGUUACAAACUAUAAAGUCGGGGACCGUAUUGCUGGGUUCGUGCGUGGAGGCGAUCCGGCAGAUCAUUCCAACGGUGCCUUUGCUGAGCACAUCAAGGCCAAGGACGGCGUAAACAUGAAGAUUCCCGCUAGCAUGUCUUUUGAAGACGCAGCGACGCUGGGUGUCGGCGUGACUACCGUGGGCCAGGGCCUCUACCAGGAACUCGGCUUGCCCCUACCGCCUGCUAAAGUGGAAGAACAGACACUCGUUUUGAUCUACGGAGGAUCCACGGCAACAGGUACACUCGCAAUCCAGUAUGCGAAGUUGUCUGGCUGCGAGGUCGUUGCCACGGCAUCACCCCAUAACUUUGAGCUUUUGCGGCGUUUGGGCGCCGACCACGUCUUUGACUACAAGGAGCCUGAUGUCGGGGCCAAAAUCCGCGAGGCAACGGGUGACAAGCUGAAAUUGGCAUUUGAUUGUAUUGCAGAGGGCAACUCGUUUGAAAUUACGGCUGCGGCGAUUAGUUCGACUGGUGGCCACAUGUCGGCACUGCUACCUGUCAAGGACUACCCCAGAAGCGAUGUCAAGACAAAGCUCACCCUGGGUUACACGGCACUGGGUGAACGGUACAACGAGAAACUGGAUGCUAAGCCAGAAGACUAUGAGUUUGGCGUCGAGUUUUGGAAACGGUCGUACGACUUGUUCGAGAGUGGAAAGAUAAAGACGCAUCCGGCUGAGGUAAGGAGUGGGCUGGCUGGUGUGCCCCAGGGCUUGCAGGAUUUGAAAGAUGGGAAGGUUUCGGGUGUGAAGUUGGUGUACAAGGUGGAUUAGUGUGGAAUAACUGCGCUUUUGUAAACGUUGUAGUUGAGGGUUGUAUGAUAGUUAUGCUUAGUUCUUGGGUUAGCUCGGUGCCUUCGCCUUGACCGUUGAGUUGAUAUUGCCCUUGACCUAUUUGUAGUAUCUAGGACGUGGAGGUGUUAAAUAGAGUAACUUCAAAUACUUCCAAUACCCACCAACCUGUUCCAGGC